AGCGGAGAUUCUUGCAAAAUAUUAAAUAUUCCAGUGGAGGGAUAUUUUGGAUGUAUUUGUUCUGCUUGGUGGACGACUGGAUGGGUCGACCAGAAAUUUGUGCUCAUUCGAAGUCUCAAUUAUUGAAAGGGUAAAGUGACGUCCAUCCCCCAUCUUUAUCCACAAGCCACUCCUGUCUGUGAGACUGUGAGUCUGUGACAUUGCAUAGGCACUGAGCUUCUAAGAGAAAUAGAGCCCAGUUCAAUGGCAAUCACCCUCAACAAUGGCUUCAAGAUGCCAAUAAUCGGCCUUGGUGUCUGGCGCAUGGAAGAAAAAUCCAUGAGAGACCUUAUCAUCAACGCCAUCAAAAUUGGAUACCGUCACUUCGACUGCGCUGCUGAUUACCAAAAUGAAGCAGAAGUUGGUGAGGCACUAGCAGAAGCAUUUCAGACUGGCCUUGUGAAGAGGGAGGACCUUUUCAUUACCACCAAGCUUUGGAACUCGGACCAUGGACAUGUUCUUGAGGCUUGUAAGGACAGCCUAAAGAAACUUCAGCUAGAAUAUCUGAAUCUAUAUCUUGUUCACUUCCCUGUAGCCACAAGGCAUACUGGUGUAGGUACAACUUCCUCUGCUCUUGGUGAAGAUGGUGUUCUGGACAUAGACACAAACAUAUCCCUGGAAACUACCUGGCAUUCUAUGGAAGAUCUAGUCUCCAUGGGUUUAGUACGUAGCAUUGGUAUCAGCAACUAUGACAUAUUUCUUACAAGAGAUUGUCUAGCCUACUCAAAAGUGAAGCCUGCGGUUAACCAGAUUGAAACACAUCCUUACUUCCAACGUGAUUGUCUUGUUAAGUUCUGUCAGAAGCAUGGGAUCUGUGUCACAGCUCAUACUCCACUUGGGGGCUCAGUAGCCAACGUUGAGUGGUUUGGUUCAGUCUCGUGUUUGGAAGAUCCAAAUCUCAAGGGUCUUGCUGAAAAAUAUAAGAAAACAGUUGCGCAGAUACUUCUCCGCUGGGGGAUCCAGAGGAACACAGUUGUCAUCCCUAAAACAUCAAAACUUGAGAGGUUGCAGGAGAAUUUUCAAGUUUUCGAUUUUGAGCUGACCAAGGAGGACAUGGAUUUGAUCAAGACUGUGGAUAGGAAACAUAGGACCAACCAACCAGCCAAGUUUUGGGGCAUAGAUCUUUAUGCAUAAAUAGGUCCGACAAAUCUAUAUGAAGUGGACCCCCUUUUUUUUUUUACAGAACUGCACCGAAAGACUGAGAAAUGGAUAAUCCGUCAUUUUACUCGUUUUUAUCGGUAAUAUACAAUAUCUGACCAUUUUAGUUAAUUUAUUAAUGUUAUUCAAUCGCAA